AUGCCGGCCUCCCGCCAAUCCGGCCGCUCGGGACCCGCUGGCUACUGGGCUCCCAUCCCUGGCGGCCCGUGCGCGGCCGCACGGUCUCGCGCAGGCCGCCGCCGCCGCUCAGCUAGAUGUCCGCGACGCGCCCUGCGCUCCGCGCUCGGCCGGAGCCUGGCCAGUGCUGCCCGGCGCUGCCGCCGCCGCCUCAGGCGCCUGCCGUGCCCGGCUGCCGCCACGGCCCCCACGCCAGCCGCCCCUCGCGCCCACGUGCGCGCUGGGUGCCUGCCUGCGCGGGAGGAAGAGAAACCGGCCUGCCGGGCACGACUCUCACUGACCCGGAACGGAUCGCACGCUCGGCAUCACGCCGAGGCGGUGCCCUGUGUGGCGCGCGUCGCUGAAACGCAGCGGACGGCGCCCGGAACACUGAGCCCGAUGUGUAGGAUGAAGGGACAGGCCCUGGCCACUCGACCCCCCCCACCCCGGACACACGCGCGCUGCAGGCAGACCGCGCACCCGGGGGAGGGCGGCUGCGGCCUCAGGGCCCAGUGCGGCGCGGAGAGCGCCGCGUCCGCCCGGCGUCUGGAGGUGCCCAGAGGCCCCUGCUUGGCCUCCCGCCUCUCCUCCCCGCCCUGCGGCGCGAGCCCCGCGGCCGCGGGAAAGCGAUGCCCGGCCGCGGCGGGCGCCUGCAGGACCGCGGACAGCGCCCGGGACGGCGCCCCGCCAGCACCGCGGACAGCGACCCAGCUCUACCCGCCGCCCCCGACCCCUGCGCGCGUCCCCGCUCCCUUCCCCGAACCCCGGGUCGCCGCGGAGGAGGACGAGGCCCAGCGCGCCAGGCGCAGCCCUGGCUCCCCGCGGCCGCCCGGGACCGCGCCCGCGCCCGCACGCGGAUUUGUACGAGGUUUCGCCGCCCGGGUUUUAAAAUUCUCCUGUUUGAAAGCGUCGCGGUUCAGAGACCACAAGCACGGAGCGCGGCGCCCGGCUCAGGGCGAGGCGUUUAAACCCUUUAAACUGAAAACAAAACCCAACAGCCCGCACCGCCGGAGCGAGGCCGAGGGCGCCGCGCGCACAGGGCCCCGACCCCCGCCUCGGGGCUGCCCGGGGCGCGCUGGUUCCAGAGGGGUCCCUGACCGGAGGCCAGGGCGCAGCGGAAUCAGCGCCUCCCGGGGCGUGGCCCCCCUGCCCCGGAGGGAGAUGAACACGCAUCGAACCAGCUCGUGGCAGCGGCUGCGCUCCAGCCGGGUCACGGAGCCGGACGGAAACUUCCGACUGCUCACCGGCCGCUUCUCCUCGGCGAGCACGCGCUGCCCCCGACGCCGCGCCGGACCGGGGCUCUGGGCGGGGCCCCCUCCGCUGUCGCCGACCCCGCCCCCGCAGCGGCUCACGGGACGGACCCCCAUCGGUGCCCUGGGCUGCGUCUUCCUGACGGUGAGGCAGCCCGUGCCCGAGCAAAGUGUGAAGAAGCCAGAACACGCCUGCAUCCCACAGCACGGCGCGGGCUGCCCGGCCGCCCGGCCCCUCACCCGGUUUUCUGCCGCGCCGCCGCCCCGCCCCGUCCCGUCCCGUCGGAGGCUGUCCCGCGACGAGGCAGACGGCCCCCAGCGGUCACGGCCGCGCCUGACGCCCUGGUCCUGCUCCGAGCUGCAGAUGGUGCCCGAGUGUCCCUGGGUGCCCCUGCCCCUGCCCCCCGAGUCCCAGCCCAGCCGGCCUCCUCUCCUGCUGGAAUGCAGCUGGAAACAGAUUCUGGACGAUGGUGGGGACAGUGCUGAUGCAGGCAGCGGCGGUGGUGGCGACAGUGAGGACGAUGAAGAGAUAGUUAAGGAGCUGAUGGUGAAGAUGGUGAUGGUGGCCUCGUCUGCAGCCAGAGCCAGCGCCCCUGUGGGGCGGGCGGCGGGCGGCCUGGCGGCGGACACCGUGUCUAACCGGCUGAGAUUGACCUGCUCGGGCUCCUCACGGCGGCUGAGCGAUUUGAUCCGAGCGCCGGACCGCGGUCGGCUGGAAGCCCUCAGGGACGGUUCUCUCAGACCCGUGGCCAGACUCCGGGCCAGGGCUUCCGCCUCCUCUGGAGGUGGGGUGCGCCACCUGCCCCCUGCCCCCGGGCCUCGCCCUGCACUUGAAGGAGCUCCCACCAGCCCGGCCUUGAUGCUGAAGGGGCUGACGCCGCACCUGGAGGGUCUGGCCAAGGCCGAGGCCAAGGCCGCUGCCCCAGCUGCCCAGAUGGACCCCCUGCAGACGCCCCAGACCAGGUCUCCAGCCCCCCCCACCCCCCAUAUCCUGGCUCCUCCCCCACUUCAUGGGCAGGAGGCCCCCCUGCCCGGAGACCCCCACCCCGGCUCUCCGUCCCCAGCAGCCACUGGGUCUCCCCAGUAG